AUGUUAACACCUGAACAAGUAGAGCAACAACUUACUCGGAAUCAAUUGUCAUUUAAAGUGGCUACACAGGAUUCAGAUCGCAAGAACAGGCCGAAACAAGAAGUGAUUUUAGGUUAUUGUAUUAAUCAGGUGGCAUCUAACAAUCCAAUAGAGGAUGAUCUUUCAUGCCAUGCGAUUCGUGGAGAAGAUGGAGAGAUUGAAAAGGUGUUUUUUGGUGUUUUUGAUGGACAUGGAGGUUGGUGUUGCAGUCAGAAAGUUGCACAAGAAUUGGCUCCCACUGUCGCCAUGGAGCUGGAACAUGUUAAGGAUCCUCAUGAUGUAAUAGCAGUGAUGGAUGCGAUUGAGAAUGGCUUUUUAAAGCUGGACCAUAAAAUUGUGAACGAAACAGUACAGCAAGUUCUAGAAUCUCCCUCGCGUCCAUUGGCAUGCUCGAGUCUUUUGCCAGCGAUUGCAGGUUCCUGUGCAUUGAUGGCAUAUGUGGAUAUCAAAGAGCGGGACUUAUAUGUGGCCUGCACUGGAGAUUCUAGAGCUGUACUUGGUGUCCGCCAACCUUCCGAUACGAAAGAUGGGCACUCUUGGAGUGCUGUGCCUUUGUCUUUCGAUCAAACUGGAAGAAAUCGAUGGGAGGUUCGGAGAUUACAGGAGGAACAUCCCGGCGAGGAGAAUACUGUAGUGAUGCGAGGCCGCGUUCUAGGCGGACUUGAACCUACGCGAGCAUUUGGAGAUGCACGAUACAAAUGGACAUUGGAUAUUCAGGAACGUGUAUUCCGGCUGUUCCCUUCCUAUCGUCAACCUCAUCGUAAUUAUCAUACUCCACCUUAUGUCACAGCGAAACCAGUGGUGAAGCAUCACAAGUUACGUCCAGAGGACCAAUUCUUGGUGAUGGCGACAGAUGGAUUAUGGGAUAAACUGACCUCAGACGAAGUAAUUCAGCUAGUUGGUGCGCUGGUGGAUGGCAAAAAGGGCCAGGAACAAUCGAUUCUUGACCGGAAAGAUAACAAAAUUAGUACCAAGGUCAAGGCUAUGCUAGGCACUGUCACGGGGAAGAGGGGUGAUCAAAAUGAAGAAGAGACGGAAUUGACUCCUGCAAAUUUAGCACCUAAAGGCCCUAUCAGUCAGGUAAGGCAGUUCACAUUCAAGGACCCCUCUAAUGCUUCGACACAUUUGGUGAGGAAUGCGCUGGGUGGCGGGGAUGAUGAUAAAUUGGCAGCUACGCUCUCGAUCCCAGCGCCAAUGAGCCGUGUCUACCGAGAUGAUAUCACGGUUACCGUGAUAUUUUUUGGGAACCAGGAUAGUACAUUUGACUUCUUGGAAGCAUCGGAUAGCGAUGGCUUUGUGGAUAUUUAA